GAAAAUUACCAUUUACCGUCCACUCUCCCUCCACGCCCUAUAAAUCUUUACUGUCAGUAAACUAUCCAAUCUCUAUUCCUGAUUUGCAAGUAUUUUUAUUUUUUUUCUUCACAAUUUGUCUGGUGCUGCCAUAGCAGGGAAACCCAUGCCAUCUUCCCUCCAAAGGGACAUGCGUAACAACAGAGUUGCACUUUUUGAUGGCAUCGAGGAAGGUGGCAUAAGGGCCUCAUCUUCUUAUUCACAUGAAAUUGAUGAGCAUGAUAAUGAAAGAGCAAUGGAAGGAUUGCAAGAUAGAGUCAAUCUGCUGAAGAGACUGUCCGGCGAUAUACAUGAGGAGGUGGAUAGCCACAAUCGCAUGCUGGAUCAAAUGGGAAAUGAUAUGGACGCAUCAAGAGGGAUACUCUCAGGAACCAUGGACAAGUUUAAGAUGGUAUUCGAGACUAAAUCAAGCAGGAGAAUGUUUACACUUGUGGCAUCUUUUGUGGUUAUUUUCCUUGUCAUAUACUAUCUUACCAGGUAAUUGUUCUAUGGUGUAUUUGAUACAGCUGUGGGCUUUAUGUGACAAUUUGAAAACCCUUUUAUACAUGGUUACUGUAAACAAUGUGCUUCCUACAUGUAAGAUAUUUUGGUAUGUUUGUAUAAAGAUGUUUUGGUAUAUCAAAAAGGCCUUGCUAGCAUGAACUGGCUAGCAGUUAAUGUGCCUUUAGCAUCCUACAACGUAUACAAUUUGCAUUAUCUUUCUUCUAUUCCUGUUAAUGGCUUAAGAUUUGAAUGCAGGCUGUCUGCAACUCUCAUACAAGUUCCGAAUUCCUAUUUAGAACUGAGCCAAUGACUGGCUACUAAAAGUUAACCAUGGUUAAAUCUUGUUUUAGUUACAGUUUUUCUUACAAAUUGUUGUUUGGUUUCUACCCAUGGCGAGAGGAAGCGGAAGGCAGAGAGGGGACAUUUUAAUAGUAGUAUUAUUAAUUUGCGUGGAGAGAUGACAGAGAAAAGAUUAUCAAACAAAAUGAAAAAGAUUAGGGAAAAAAACAACUGAAGAAAAAACUAUUUG